AUGGAAGCCGCGGAGGCCGAUUCAAUGGAAGUUAAUCAGGCAUUAGAGAUUGUAACUCAAGAAUGCAGUCAUGGGCUUGAAAUUGAUGAAUCUGCAAAGACUGUUUCAGAGGAGCUUGAUCAAACUCUAGAGGCCAGAAUCAAAGAAGCUGAAAAGAUGAUUGAAAAGCUGGAUCAUGAACAACUCCAAGUCGUCGGAGAGAUUAAAGAGAGAAUAUGUGAUCGGGAUUAUGAACUUUCGCAGUUGGGAAACCUCGAGAACCAUGCUAGGAGAAUCAGAGAAAGUGUAAUGUUUGCAAGAGUAGAAAUGAAUCAACUCAAAUUAGCUCUAGAUAAGAUGAGUUUCAGAAACCAUGCAUACCAAGGAAGAGGGAUUGAUUCAGGAGCAAUGGAGGAACAGCCUAAUAUCCAUCGAUUGCAUUCUCGGAUGCUGCAUGGAACCAAAAACUUGGCGGAGGAGAAGGCGCUGUCAAGACAGGUCGGUGCAAUGCAGCGCAGAAGAGCUACUGAUUCGGACACUUCAUUCAAAGAUCGUGACGGGAAAGUUUUCUGCGAACAGAUAAGCUGGUUAUAUUACAGGAAGGAAUGCUGGAAUAAUGAUGAAGAAACAAACCGUCAAUACCUCAAAGAGAUCAAGCAGGCAGAAUGGGAGAGGGAAAAGGAAAUUGCUGAUGCUCCUGUGAAAGGAAAGAUUUGGAACUCAUUGGGUUCUAAGAAAAUCAUUCAAGGCCAAAUAAAAGUAAUAAAUGACGAGACAGAUGGGCUCAGGAAGCAACAAUUGAAAGCUAGGGAGAAGAUUAAGCAUGUGAAGAAAAAAUUGAAGGCUAUUGAGAAGGAGACGAGUAAACUUCAGAAGCUCAAUGCAGAGAAAUACACGAGAAAGGAUGAAGCUUAUGGACGCCUUUUCGAACUGCGAAAACAACAGGAUAAGAGGGUAGGAUAACUUUCAUCAGUGCUCAUGGAUUCUUCUGAAACCAGGAAUUUAUAUGGCAGAGGAUACCAACAGAGCAGAGAUAGAGUAUGUCUGUUUGUGACAGACAAUCUCACAGAAGAAAAAAUUCCCAACGGAAUAAAACACGGUAGUUCUAGCUCAAGUGGAACCACUGAACUAGUGAAAUUGUACUUUUCAAUUCUGGUUUCUCAUUGAUUUUGAGUUGCAGUCUGUAGUUCUGUAUUUGGUUGUGGAGGACUGGUAAAACUGCUCAUGAAAAAAUUUGUCUUGCAAAGUAAAUCUGUUCGAAUACUUCAUGAAUUUGAGUUUCAUCCGAACCGGAAUGGACUAGAUGCCCUCCAAUUCUAAAUUAUAGUCUGGCCAGAAUCAUUGUCAAAGAACUUUUAACUCAACAACACUGUAUUUUCCUGCCUCGUUCAAAGCUGAAAACAGCUGAAAUGGAUUCUUCGAAACCAUUAGUUUUCCUAACCAAGAGGCAACAACGUAGCAAAUCAGAGCACGCUAGAGUGCCUUGUGCUGGCGAUAAUGGUAAACAAUUCUUGUGCACAACAGUAUAAGGCUUCUGAAGUGG